AUGCGCUCCUCCCCGAACGUGAUCAUCACCGGCACUCCCGGCGUCGGUAAGACCGUACACUGCGAACAACUCGCCCAAGACACCGGACUCAAGCACUUGUCCGUCAAUCAGAUCGCCAAGGAGCGCGAUUGCUUCGAGGAGUUUGACGAGGAGCGGAAGAGUUGGGUUGUUGACGAGGAUAAGCUACUUGAUGCUAUUGAGGAUGAAGUCCUUCAGGGUGGAUACUUGAUUGAUUGGCAUGCUUGCGACUUAUUCCCCAAGUCCUGGAUUGAUCUUGUCGUGGUGAUUCGAUGCCCGGAGACAUCUAUUCUGUAUGACCGGUUGAGCUCAAGAGGCUACCACGAAGAAAAGCUACAAGAGAACCUGGACGCCGAGAUCUUCGGUGUCCUGUCCGAAGAAGCCCGCGAAGCCUUCGACGAAGAGAUCGUCGUAGAACUCAACAGCGAGAAGGACGGCGACGUCGACAGCAAUUGUGCCCGGAUCGCAGAGUGGCUCGAGAACUGGAAGAGGCAACAUGCCGAGGAUGCGGAGUGA